AUGUAUCUUCCGAACGCAUACAGAUCCGCCGAAGCCGCCAUCUCCGCGUCCACGCAGGACGGGUCGAAAGGCAGCAGAGAUGGGUGGUCCAGCCUGAUUGGCGUUAUUACGGCCAUCUGCGGCAAUAUCCUCAUAUCGUUCGCGUUGAAUACACAGCGAUAUGCGCACAUGCGAUUGAGCAGAGAUCGGGAACAGAGAUUGCAAGAAAAGCGAAAGGCGGCAAAGAGGAGGCACGCGAGCUAUGGCACACAGCAAGAGCAGAUCGCAGAAGAGCGGGCAAGGAAGAAUGCGAAAGGGGAGGAGUCUAAUGGGUAUCCAGAACAAUCCGGCGAGACAGAACCUUUGAUGGGACGCGAAGACUCGAGGAAAGGUUCAGGCGCGGGAUCGGACAACACAGCACGGCCGGAGGAUAAAGACGACGAAGAGAAGGAGAAGUCGUAUCUGAAAUCGCCAAUCUGGUGGCUCGGAAUAACACUCAUGGUCCUUGGAGAAAUUGGCAAUUUUCUGGCAUAUGGCUUUGCGCCCGCGUCCAUUGUAUCACCACUGGGCGUCGUGGCUUUGGUCUCAAACUGCAUUAUUGCUCCACUACUGCUAGGAGAGCAGUUCAGGUGGAGGGACGGACUGGGAGUCAUUAUUGCCAUCGGAGGCUGCGUGACCGUCGUCCUGAGCGCCAGCGCGAGCAACCCAAAGCUCACACCCGAUGCCAUCUGGGAGCUGGUAACGACGUGGGAGUUCGAAACAUACCUGGGCAUCACGUUAUUCCUCAUAGUGGUGCUACUGGUGCUGAGCAACAAGUAUGGACACAAAACCAUCCUCAUCGAUCUUGGCCUGGUGGGUUUGUUCGGCGGAUACACGGCCCUAUCUACCAAAGGUGUGGCCUCCCUCCUGACCUACAAAAUCUGGAGAGUCGUGACGUUCCCCAUCACAUAUUUGCUGCUGGCAGUCUUGAUCUUCACUGCUGUCAUGCAGAUCAAGUAUGUGAACAGGGCGUUGCAACGAUUCAACGCUACCAUGGUCAUCCCCACGCAAUUCGUACUCUUCACUCUGUCCGUCAUCAUUGGGAGUGCGGUCUUGUACCGGGAUUUUGAAAGAGAAGCACCUGGAGAUGCGGCCAAAUUCGUCUCCGGCUGUGCGCUGACCUUCUUUGGAGUUUGGUGCAUUACGUCUGGCAGGAAGCAGGAGUCUAGUCAAGACGAUGAGGAUGAGGACGAGGAUGCGAUCAACCUUGUCGAUGAAGAAGGCGCUAUGACAGAGGUACGGGAUGGUGACGAUGCCGCAGCAGUACGGCAGUCCUCAUUCGCUACGACUGCCUCGAAAGACUCGCCUUCGUUGCGAAGGUACCAGUCCGAGUUGACGGACUCGACAUCGAGGACGUCCCUCGCCCGAAGCCCUCCGCAACCAGAGGCAAAUCCACUCUCAGAGCAAAUACCAGACAUAGCGCCCGGUACAGCAAGCGCGAUUCACACUAGCACAGCAAGCCAACUACACUCACAAGCCAACGUCGACCCACCCAAGAAGCCCGCCAUCCACGCCACGACCUCAGAGCCUGUUGUACCUACGACCCCCAAUAUAUCAGCUCUACGACCUAAGACGCCACUGAUGAGGACACCUUCCGGUCCACCAACAGACACUCCAUCUCCUGACCGUCGUCACUUAGACUCUAACACGAUUGGCCCAUCGCCGAAGUUACUCAGUCGGCACUCUGUUUCGCUGCUGCCAGGUCCUCUGACAUCACCUCUUAGCGGUUCGCUCAGCGCGAUUGUCGCUGAUGAGCUCCGCCGAGGCAUUGAUAAAUCGCCAGCUGGUGCUCUUCGAGCGCGGAGGAAGACGCCUACGCCCAGCUCUACCCUCCGACCAACAAACAUACAGUCAAAUGCGGCUAUAGGGUCCAGCAGUCUCAAAAGACAUUCGAUCGCAAGCGGCGAGAUGGACUUCGACAGCGAAGAAGCAGCCGAACUGCGUGCCGCAGCGGGCAGUCCUCGAGAAGGCGGUGUCACUGGCAGAGGCCGAAGUCUCAGUGCGACGCUGAGCGAUAUGUUUAGCUCAGGGUCAGGGUCAGCCAAGAGGCAGCGAACAGCACUUGGCGGCACUGCCCAGAGGAAUCUCGAAGCUGCUUUCGAGGAAGACACUGCUAAGAGGAGAGGGGAAGAACGAUGA